UUAUCAGAUGGGAUAAGAAUGGUCAAUUGUGACUUUUUGAGUCUUUUCUUCACUCUGGAGUCCCUGGUUGGGACCCAACCCUGAGCAUGCCUGUUCUUUUGUGGAAAGCAACCAUAAUUGAACUUUGGUGAUGCAUUCACAUCUAUAAUAUAAUCAGUUACAUUACAUACUAAAGAAAAUAAAGCAACAAGGCCUAAAUAACAAUUCUAUUACAUACAUAGUUAUUUCUUUCCUGUUAUUGAGACACUGCAGUGAGUGUUUGACUGUUGGUGCCAACCGAAACAUUAAACAUGAUCUGGGUGUUGAUUUUCACCUCGUGUUGCUGCUCCUUGGUGCACAGCUUGAAUAAUAAUACAGCAUUGAAUUCCCUGGUUCAAGAUUUUGCUUUCCGGUCAAUGGUGAAACACCGACAUCAAACUGGUGCUCUAUUUGAUACUAUUCUUCCGCGGAACCUCUCUGGUAUGGAUGUUUCUGUAGUACGUCUUAGAAGCCGUAGGCUCUGGAACAAAGGUGCUAACUUGAGCUACUUUCAUAUCCCACCAAGAACUGUGUCUAUCCCUCAUGUUAGGAGGUUGGCUAUUGUGUAUCAUAACUUAGGUAACUGGUCUUCCCACUACUACAAUUUGCCAGGUUACUCACUUGUCUCUUCUGUUGUUGGCUUCAUGGUAUUUGAUGCAUCAAAUGUAAGGGAUACAAGUUUCAAAAACCUCACUCUCAACACAAUGGGGCAUCCUAUAUCUAUUCUAUUCCCAAAUGUAUCAUUUAUUAUGAGUGACAACAACUCAAGGGCUGCUAGAUGUGUAGCUUUCAAUGGAAAUGGAACAUUUCAACUCACUGUGAUGAGCUCCCCAGCUGGCGUGUGCCACUCAAGAGACCAGGGUCAUUUUUCAAUUGUUCUCCCAUUGGAGAAGAAGCAGCGACAAUGGUAUUAUUUGUGGCUGAUUGGGUGUGUGCUUGGAUUUUUUGGAUUGAUAACAUUAGUAGGUUAUGUGGGAUUUUCAUCAUUCAGACUUGUCAAGACCAAAAAGAUUCAAGCUAUGGAAAAACAAGCUAUCGAAGAUAUGGUUCUUGACAGCAGAUGGGUUGGCGAUAGUAAAAUGCCUUCUGCAGCUGUGACAAGAACUCAGCCAGUUAUUGAGACCAUUGCUCCGUAAAUCAUUCCAUUUUCUAGUAUGUUAUCAUGUCCCAACUAGACUUUCACUUUAAUAUUAGUCUUUUUAUGUCACUGCAUAUAUUACAAGAUUUGCUCCAUCUGUACAAUGAAAAAAACAUUUGCCUUUGUAUUUUGAUGAUAAAUGAAGUAACACCUUCCUAA